AUGAAGCUCCUCGUUGUAGCCGCUCUGGCCGUUCUGGCCGCCGCGGACAGGCGGAACUCUGGCGCCCAGUCCCAGUACGGUGCUCCCUCUGGCGCCCAGUCCAGCCAGCAAUCCAGCGGUGGCUAUGGCCAGCAGUCCACGGAGGCUACAUGUCAGCAGUCCAACGGAGGCUACAGCCAGCAGUCUAACGGAGGUUACGGUCAGCAGUCCAACGGAGGCUAUGGUCAGCAGUCCAACGGCGGCUACAGCCAGCAGUCCAACGGAGGUUACAGCCAGCAGACCAACGGAGGCUAUGGACAGACCGAGCCUCCAACGCCCUACUCGUUCAGCUACGACGUGCUGGAUGUCCGUGGUAACGACUUUGGCGCGGCCGAGGAGUCCAACGGUGAGGAGGUGCAGGGCCAGUACAGCGUCGUGCUGCCCGACGGCCGACUCCAGACCGUCUCCUACUCGGUUGAGGGAGACUCUGGCUUUGUGGCCGACCUUGAGUACGAGGGUGAGGCCAAGUUCUUCAACGCCUACGGCGAGGAGGAGGGUCGCAGCAACGUCAAGAGGGGACGUGGCCCGACCGGAGGUCAGGGCUACGGCUCCAGCCGCGGCCAGAAAUACGGCGGUUGA